AUCAUACAAUAACAAGUAGGUUCUCUCUCAUUAAGUCUUUUUUAAAAUGUCAGCGAACAUAUAUAAACUCAGAUAAGUUGACAAUCCCAAUUGCAUUCCGAGCAAAGAAGAAGAAGAUCAACGAUGAACUCCUCAAAUCUACAGUCUCACCCAACCGCACCACCACACCUCUUCACCUCCAUCGACAUGGGAACAAACUCCUUCAAACUCCUCAUAGUCCACGCCGAUCCUUCCACCAGAUCCUUCGUCCCCGUCGAGCGUCUCAAGGAGCCAGUCGUCCUCUCCCGCGAAUCUCCAACCUCGAUCUCCCCUCAAUCCCAAUCCCGCGCGAUUCAAUCCCUCCGCAAAUUCAAAUCCCUCAUCCUCUCCCACAACGUCCCACUCAACCAGAUCCGCUGCGUCGCAACAGAAGCCCUCCGCCGAGCUGAGAAUCAAAAACACUUCGUCGAGACGGCGCUCGACGACGUCGGGAUACAGAUCGACGUCCUCUCCGGAGAAGAGGAAGCCAGAUUAGUUUACCUAGGUGUGCUUCAGUUUUUGCCUGUGUUCGAGAGGUCUGCGCUGUGUAUCGAUAUAGGAGGUGGAUCUACUGAGUUUGUUGUAGGUAAGCGUGGUGAGGUUAAGCUAGCUGUUUCUUUGAAGCUAGGUCAUGUGAAUCUGACGCAGAUGUGUGUUGGAUUGGUGGAGAUGAGGGAGUAUAUACGCGGUGUGAUCAGUGAGUCUAGUUUAGGGGAGAGAUUGAGAGAGUGUGAGGGAUUUGAGGUUGUUGUGGGGUCUUCCGGGACGAUUCGAGCUAUUGAGAACGCUGUUUUCAGUGGAUAUGGGAGUGAUCUGUGUCAUCUCGAGGAGGGGUAUAAGAGGGAUUGGAGAUUUGGGAGGAGUGAGCUGAGUGGUGUUGUGGAGAGGUUAUGUAGUGAAGGAGAUGAGGGAUUGAUUAGGAGAGAAGGAUUUUUCGGUAGAAGAGCAGAGUUUAUUGUCGCUGGGGCGGUUUUGUUGGAGGAGAUAUUCGAGGCUCUGGGGAUUGAGGAGAUGGAGGUGUCGGAGUACGCGUUGGCGGAAGGUGUGAUUGCUGAUUCUUUGGGUAAAGCUUUUGGUGGAUUGUAUGAUUUGAAUGCUAAUGCGAGGUGGAGGUCGGUCAUGAGGCUUGCAACGCGGCUCAAUGGGAAGAAGCGAAUGAAUCAUGCGGUACACUGUGCUAAUAUCGCCAAGGAGAUCUUUGUAGGUUUGAGGAAGUGCAAUGACUUUAACGUCGUGUUAGAUGAUAAGGAUCUUGAGUAUCUUGAAGCUGCUUGUUUUUUGCACAAUAUUGGAAUCAUCACAGGGAAAAAAGGGUAUCAUAAGCAGUCUUAUCAUAUCAUUAAGAAUGGAGAUCAUCUCUACAGCUACACUGCUGAGGAAGUCGAGCUUAUAGCGUUGCUUACGAGAUACCAAAGAAAGAAGUUUCCUAAGCUUGAUCGUGCACCUUUUAAGAAUUUCGCUGAGAAGGCAAAGAGAAAGUUCAUUAUCAUGUGCGUGAUUAUACGAUUAUCUGUUCUACUUCAACGGAGUGAGAGUAUGGAUCUCCAAGAAGUUGAAUUUCUUGAAUCUACUGAUAGCUUCAAACUUGUGCUUAAACAACAAAACCAGGAUCCUUUGGUGAUGGGCUCUCAAGAUCAAGCAGAAGAAAAAUCCGAUGCAUUACAUAUGGAGCAAGAAGUUGAGCAUUUUAAAAGGCUAUUCAAGAAGGAAAUGGUGGUUGUUUUUCCUUCCUGAAAAUCAAUCAGACGGGUUUCUUAGCUCGACGGUAUUGAGCUGAAGCUUUCUCAGGUAGUCUUGAAGUGUUAAACUAUAUACCUCUCUGGAUGCAGAGAAAGAGCGGGAACUCUCUCCAGUGAUAGAGAAGUUUACCCUUAUAAUUGGCCUGAGACGGUGAGCAAAGAGACGGUGAAUCUACUAACCUCUGUAAAUUUUGGUCCCAACUCUUGUAUAACCCUACAUUGUAACUUCAUCUUUAGUGUGUUUUUUCUCUCUUCAUCUGUUGGUUUUUUAUUUUCGUUUGGUUUUAAACACAAGAACAACCAUAUUAUACUAAAGCGGAAUCUCACCAUUUGCGAGAUGCAUCAUUCUGACAA